CUUUUUGAGUUUUCGUUCAGCGUUUUGCAGUGGAAAAUAACCAUGUUGUCCCGUAAGAGUAAGGAUAAGUCCAUCAAGGAAGGUGUAGUGGGUAAAUAUGUGAAAAAAGAUACACCUCCAGAAAUUCCAAUAAUCAACGUAUGGACAGCAGAGCAAAGCAAAAGUAAAUUGGCCAAAGCUCGCCGAAGCUCCCAACAGCUCGUUUCGAACGCUGGGCAACCACCUGGAAUGCAAACGAACGCCAAUAAUAAUAUUCCAAACUUGCAAAAAUUUGGAAACUCUAAGGUAUUGACAAAGGUAGGCGGGCUUGGACAUGAAGGAAAAUACACACCCAGUAGCAAUGUUCCGAACUUGGCUCAUAAGUUUGUUAAUCUGAGCCUGAACAACGAGCAACCGAACGUUCUCGGAUCGGCUAAUGGAUGCCUGCAAGGACAGUCAGGACUGCCGCCUUUAAUGUUAAAAAGUGCCCCAAUGGACAUGAACAGUGGCGCGGUUAUGGCGACGGAUGCACGAAACAAUAAUAGCCAUGGAAACUACGUGGACAUCGACACUAUUGAUCAAAUACUGAUGCAACAAACAGAUGUGUCCGCUACUGCUGGUCAGUAUCGACUACAUCAGCAGCAACAACAGCAACAACAACAGGAACAACAGCAGCAACAACAACAACAUAUUCAUCAGCAGUAUCUCACUCAUUUUGAGAGAAAAUACUCUUACAAUCAGAUUCAUAAUGGUAACGCCCAUCGAAAUGGCUUCGAAAACUACGGGAAUUUGCUCCGCAAUGGUAGUCCCGGAGCUGCCCCUAGCAUGGCAAACGACCCAACCAUUUUCAUCCGCCAGUUCUCCGCGCGGCAAGCGAUGCAACCUCCACAACAACCACAAUCACAACCAUCACAGUCGCAGCAAGCGAACUCGCAAACUUUGGCCCAACAACAGCCAGUGCCAACCGAUCGUCACUAUCCGAUUUAUGAAAAUCAAUCUCAGCUCGUACGGUCGGAAUCGCCGAUAUACAGUAACACAAACUCUUGCACCAUUUACCAGAACUACAACAGCAACAAUUCAUCGCACCAGUCGCUGUAUUCAAAUGUUUGUAUCGGCAACCAACAGGCGAAUUCAAGCGGUACGUCUAACUACCUUGCCUUGACACAACCGCAAACUUCGUCGCAACCAUUGUAUUCAAAUGUGAUUAUUGGUACAAGUGAAGCGAACGGCAUCACCUAUGGCGAGGUAGUGCUGCAUAGUGCAAGACAUGGCGUGGGAGGUGGUGCUCAACGAGGCAUUGGGCAGACAAAUGGUGGCACCACACCAGGGGGUGAGAACGGAGAAGAAGAGCUGAUGCUGCCUCCCGGCUGGUCCGUGGACUACACAUUACGCGGAAGAAAAUACUACAUCGAUCACAACACUAAAACCACUCACUGGGCUCAUCCAUUGGACAGGAAGGCAUUACCAACUGGUUGGCAACGGAUUGAAGCAAGUCAAUAUGGACCUUAUUUCAACUAUAUCACGGGGCAAGGAGAGCAGACAUUGCCAUAUUUAGCAUCAUGCUAUCUUACGCACGCGACUCCAGUUGAGAUUCCUCGCCCUUUAGUGCAGCACUUUUCUCGUCACAAUGCACUGGUGCCCGCUAAUCCGUACAAUACCGAAAAAGUUCCUGAAUGGCUGUUUCUUUAUGCCAAAUCGUCUUCUGAAAAAGAUCACAUUAUUAAGUGGGAUAUGUUCCAACUACAGCAGUUGGAAGAUUUUCUCGGUAUGAUGAAAAAGUUAUACCGGCAGGAAUGUAAUAUUAUUGUGGCAAAGUAUGAAGUGAUUAGGAUACAAAUACACUCUCGCAUGCAAGAGAUUCGUCGAAUGUGAACGGAAAAACGGUUUUGCUGCAGAUACCAUCUUGCUUGUUUAACAGAAUGUGAUAUCAAACAGUUCCUUGUUUAACCAUCUGCAGAGAUAAACGGAACCUUCUUCUAAUUUCGGAGCGGGUUCGCAGGAUGUUUGCGAAAAAUGCAUUCUUUUUUCAAACGGAAGCUGCUGGUAACUCCACAAGGCUCGCAUAAUUUCAUCAGCGUUAAGAAUAUGCUUAAGAUUAAGAACCGUAAGAGCCUUACUGACAACCGAAGUGUUUUGCAACAAGGCGGAGUUAUGGAUAAUAAAAUACGAAUGCAUCAUGAAAAAAC